UUUUCUAUAUAAUGGUUUAUUACUAUUUUCAGCUUCAAGUAGACCUUGAUGCGGGCUCUCAACAGUGAUCCAGUUGAGUCGCUAUUCAGCUGCUUCCGCCAAUUCAAUGGCGGCAACGACCGAGUUGACGCCAGAACAGCUGUCUUCACAGCAGAGAAGUUGCUAAAGGUUGGCAUUUUAGAGGCAGCCAGAAGCGGGAAUGCGCCUUCUAAUUCGGAGUGCCAAAGGGCAUUGAGAGCUACGAACAGUUUCCAUGGAGCAAAAAGUCCAGCCAUUCCUGACGACGCUCUUGCUGUGCUGUGGAAAAUUCAGCACGUGAUGAAGUGCGUUGAAGUCCCCGUCCUAUUUGACUUGACCACACUGGUUUACCUGGCAGGAUAUUUGGCUUUCGUUUGUGAAGAAAAGGUAAUAUUUUGUUUGGCGACUACAUCACCAGAUUUAGCACGCACGCACAAAAUGAAAACGCAAUACAUGGACUUCUUGACUUUGCAGGUAACAUGCCCAGCGUGCAAACUGCAGUUGAAAGGAAAAGCUUCACGCGAGGGUGCAUACCAGUUCGUCUUCAGCCUUGACCAAGGAGGGCUCAGCUACCCCCGACGUCAAGUUGUCUGGUUGUGUAAGCUGGUCUGUACCUUCGCUGAAAAAGCACUACACUCAGCAGAAAUCCGUCGCUGUGGACAAAUAUGCAAACUGCUCUCAAGUGCUGUACUUCCACACUUCACAAGCUGCCCUCUGAUGUGGUGUUCCGCUUGCAGAGACCCGUACCACUGUGAAGAACUGUGUGAGCUCUUUAUCAAGAAGCUGCUGAGGCCACUCUUGGCCAACUGGGCUGGAGAUCUCAACAGCUCUCUAGAAAAUAUACUAAAACUUUCUCGAAAACCACUUUCCCGCAAAGUCCUCCGCUUGUGAAAUCUGCCACGAUGUACAUAUGAGUAUUAAGCCAUGCGUAUCUCACACUA